AUGUCUCCUUUGGAGGAUUUUGUGUUCUUCCUCUUCUCCAGUCCUAUCACUCUGUUGGGGGCUGUUGCUGUCCUGCUCGUCUUCUGUCUUAUCUCCAGUAGUUUCACCUCCCAGGAAAUAGGGAAUGAGCCUCCAGGACCGAGGCCUCUGCCCCUGUUUGGCAACCUGUUGCAGCUGGAUCUCAAGAGACCCUACAAAACCCUGUGUGAGCUUUCAAAACAAUAUGGAUCUGUAUUUACGGUUUACUUUGGAACCAAGAAAGUGGUGGUGUUGGCUGGAUACAAGACAGUCAAACAGGCUCUGGUCAGCUAUGCAGAAGAGUUUGGAGACCGAGACAUUUCCCCCAUUUUUUAUGACAUCAGUGGAGGUCAUGGAAUUCUGUUUGCAAAUGGAGAAUCCUGGAAAGAGAUGAGACGUUUUGCUCUCUCCACCCUGAGAGACUUUGGGAUGGGCAAAAGAGUUGCUGAGGAUAAAAUCUUAGAGGAAUGCUGCCAUCUGAUUCAAAUGUUUGACGAGCAUAAAGGGAAACCAUUUGAUACAACACGUGCCUUGAAUUAUGCAACGUCCAAUAUUAUCUCCUCUAUCGUGUAUGGAAGCAGAUUUGAAUACAGUGACCCUCGAUUCAAAAACUUGGUGAGACGAGCCAAAGAGAUCAUACGUAUUACUGGUUCUACACCAGUCCAGCUUUACAACAUGUUUCCCCGACUGCUCAGUUGGAUAAAAAACCGGCAGCUGAUAUUAAAAAAUGUUGAGAUGACUGUCAGAGAUGUUAAAGAUUUAAUCAAACAUCUGAAAGAGACACUGAACCCUCACAUAUGCAGGGGGCUGGUGGACUGUUUUCUGAUUCGGAAGCAGAAAGAGGAGGACUCACACAUUAUAGACACUCACUACCAUGAGAAGAACUUGAUAUUUUCAGUGACAAACCUGUUUGCUGCUGGUACUGACACCACAGCAACUACACUGAGAUGGGGUUUGCUGUUUAUGGCCAAAUAUCCACAAAUACAAGACAAGGUCCAGGAUGAGUUGAGCAGGGUGAUUGGAAACCGCCAGAUCCGAGUAGAUGACCGAAAAAACCUGCCGUACACUGACGCCGUCAUUCAUGAGACACAGAGACUCGCCAGCAUUGUCCCCACAUCAAUUCCUCACAAAACAAGCCGAGACGUCACCUUCCAGGGUUACUUCAUCAAAGAGGGGACCGUUGUGUUUCCGCUGCUUACUUCUGUCCUGUAUGAUGAGAGUGAAUGGGAGAGUCCACACAUGUUCAACCCUUCCCACUUCCUGGAUAAGGAGGGUAAAUUCAUCAGGAGAGAUGCCUUCAUGGCCUUUUCUGCAGGUCGCAGGGUGUGUCUCGGGGAGAGUCUGGCCAGGAUGGAGCUCUUCCUCUUCUUCACCACCCUCCUCCAGCGCUUUCGUUUCACUCCUCCACCUGCAGUGACAGAGGAUGACCUGGAUCUGACUCCUGCUGUGGGCUUCGUCCUCAGUCCUUCACCUCAUGAGCUGUGUGCUGUCAGUAGUUUGCCAGAGUCAGGGUUAAGCUUUGGGGUCGUUAAGAUCAUGUUAGAGGAUCUUUUCCACUCCCCCACUUCAGUUUCCCUGUUGGGGGUUAUUAUGGGCCUGCUGGUCCUCCACUUUUUUUACUCCAGGUUCAGCUUCCAAGAAAAAGGGACGGAACCUCCAGGACCCAAACCUCUUCCUCUGCUUGGUAACUUACUUCAGGUGGAUCUCAAGAAACUCGACAGCAGUCUUUUUGAUCUGUCCAAAAAGUAUGGACCAGUGUUUACAGUCUACUUUGGUCUCAAGAAGGUGAUAGUUCUAGCAGGAUACAGGACAGUCAAACAGGCUCUGGUCAACCAUGCUGAAGACUUUGGGGACAGAGAGGUCACUCCCAUAUUCUAUGAUUUCCACAAAGGACAUGGCAUACUGUUUUCCAACGGCAACACAUGGAAAGAAAUGAGGCGUUUUGCUCUCACUACACUGAGAGAUUUUGGGAUGGGCAAGAAGAUUACUGAAGGGAAAAUCAUUGAGGAAUGUCACUACCUGAUUGAGGAAUUUGAACAACAUGACGGUAAAGCCUUCAACAACACCCAAACAAUUAAUUAUGCAGCUUCAAAUAUCAUAUCAGCUAUCAUGUUUGGAAGGAGGUUUGAAUACAAAGAUCCAGUCUUCCAGGCCAUGGUGGAAAGAGACCAUGAGUCCAUCCGUUUGACUGGAUCAGCUUCCAUCCUGAUGUACAAUGUGCUUCCUUGGCUGGGCCCUUGGCUGAAAAACUGGAAGGAACUGAUGAAGAAUGUGGAGGACAAUAAAAGGGAAACAAACAGCAUCAUAGCAGAUCUGAAGGAGACUCUGAACCCUGAGAUGUGCAGAUGUUUUGUUGAUGUAUUCCUUAACCGGCAGCAAAAUCUGGAGGUGUCUGAAAUCAAGGAUUCACACUACAAUGAUGAAAACCUGGUCUACAGUGUGAUGAACCUGUUUGCUGCUGGAACAGAAACCACAGGAAAUACACUUCAGUGGUGUCUAGUUUUUAUGGCAAAGUACCCUCAUAUUCAAGACCAAGUCCAGGAGGAGCUGAGCAGGGUGGUUGGAAGCCGUCAAGUCCAGGUAGAGGACAGAAAGAACCUGCCCUACACCGACGCCGUCAUCCACGAGUCACAAAGACUCGCCAACAUUGUACCCAUGGCGAUUCCUCACAAAACCAGCCGAGACGUCACCUUUCAAGGCUACUUUGUCAAAGAGGGGACGACUGUGUUUCCUCUGCUUACUUCUGUCCUGUAUGAUGAGAACGAAUGGGAGAGCCCACACACUUUCAACCCUUCCCACUUUCUGGAUAAGGAGGGUAAAUUUAUAAGGAGAGAUGCCUUCAUGCCCUUUUCUGCAGGUCGCAGGGUGUGUCUCGGGGAGAGUCUGGCCAGGAUGGAGCUCUUCCUCUUUUUCACUUCCCUCCUCCAGCGCUUUCGUUUCACUCCUCCACCUGGAGUUUCAGAAGAUGAACUGGAUCUGACACCAGUUGUGGGCUUCACCCUCUCCCCUUCACCCCAUGAACUGUGUGCUGUCUGUCGACAAUGAAGUGGAGAGCUGGAAAAUUAUGGAGUGUUUUUAUGACAUGGCAGGAGAGGGAACUACCAUGUGAAGAACAGAUGGUGGUGUGUGAGAAUGCUGUGUAUAUGACAAAAGGCACAUUGAUGGUAUCAAGCAGGAGCAGGUCUACUGUAUGUUAGAAACCACAUAACAGGUCAUUAAAGUGUCUGUGAUCUCAAUGGAAACUUGCCGUACUGACAAUAAAAAUGUGUUUGAUUGAAAACAGAG